GGAGGAGGAAGUCAGAGCGCCUGCGCGGGGAGGCCGCUUUCCAUCCGGGUCCCUGUCUGUGCGGUGCAGCAGGUCGGUAGGCGGGAAAUGGCGACUGGCUGAAGGAGCUGGGUCUAUUGCUGCUGAGGGCUAAGCGGGAAGGACACCCCACAUUGCGCAGUCGGGACCAUCGCCGGAGCCUGAGGACACUUCUCUGUCGUCAUAGUGAGUUUUACAUGUGGCACCCAUAAAAAAUGAGGCUGAGAACACGAAAAGCUUCUCAGCAAUCAAAUCCAAUCCAAAUACAACGCACUGCCAGAGCAAAAAGGAAAUAUUCAGAGAUUGAUGAUAGCCUGCCUGCACGAGGAGAGAAACCACCGAAAAAUGAGACCGGCUUAUUGUCUUCAAUUAAAAAAUUCAUUAAAGGAAGCACACCCAAGGAAGAGAGAGAAAAUCCUUCGAAACGAAGUAGGAUUGAACGUGAUAUAGAUAAUAAUUUGAUCACAUCAACACCAAGAGCAGGAGAAAAGCCUAACAAACAGAUAUCUCGAGUAAGACGGAAAAGUCAAGUAAAUGGAGCUGGUAGUUAUGAAAUGACAAAUCAACAUGUAAAACAAAAUGGGAAAUUAGAAGAUAAUCCUUCCUCUGGCAGUCCUCCAAGGACAACGUUGUUGGGGACCAUAUUUUCUCCUGUCUUCAACUUUUUUUCACCAGCAAAUAAAAAUGGAACAUCAGGAUCAGAUUCACCAGGACAGGCUGUGGAAGCUGAAGAGAUAGUAAAACAACUUGAUAUGGAACAGGUGGAUGAGAUCACUACCAGUACUACUACAUCAACUAAUGGAGCCACUUACUCAAAUCAAGCGGUUCAAGUGAGGCCAUCGAUAAAUAAUGGUUUAGAAGAAGCAGAAGAAACAGUUAAUCGUGAUAUCCCACCCCUUACAGCACCAGUAAAUCCAGAGAGUGGUUAUUCAUCAGCCCAUGCAGAGGCCACCUAUGAAGAAGACUGGGAAGUAUUUGACCCCUAUUAUUUCAUCAAACAUGUUCCACCACUGACAGAAGAACAGCUAAAUAGGAAACCUGCUCUUCCAUUGAAAACAAGAAGCACACCAGAAUUCUCCCUAGUUUUAGAUCUGGAUGAAACACUAGUGCAUUGUAGUCUAAAUGAGCUAGAAGAUGCAGCACUUACUUUUCCAGUCCUUUUCCAAGAUGUGAUAUAUCAGGUUUAUGUGAGAUUAAGACCAUUCUUCAGGGAAUUCCUGGAGCGUAUGUCUCAGAUGUAUGAGAUCAUUCUUUUUACUGCUUCUAAGAAGGUGUAUGCAGACAAGUUACUGAACAUACUAGACCCUAAAAAGCAACUGGUCAGGCACCGGCUUUUUCGAGAACAUUGUGUUUGUGUACAAGGAAAUUAUAUAAAGGACUUAAAUAUUCUUGGAAGGGAUCUUUCAAAAACCAUAAUAAUUGACAACUCACCACAAGCCUUUGCAUAUCAGCUUUCUAAUGGAAUCCCUAUAGAAAGCUGGUUUAUGGAUAAAAAUGACAAUGAACUUCUAAAAUUGAUUCCAUUUCUGGAGAAGCUUGUAGAACUGAAUGAAGAUGUCCGACCUCACAUCAGAGACAGAUUUCGCUUGCAUGAUUUGCUGCCCCCAGAUUAAAAGACUUACCAAAACACUGAAGGGGGAGAGAAUGCAGGACCCUUUUGGACUAAGACAAAAGCAUUGCCAUUACUGUUGAAAUUUUGCAUUUUUGUACCCUGUCUUGCUUUUCUUAUCUUUGGUGCCCAAUAAUAAUCAAGGGUUACAGAAAGAGACUUUAUCUCAGAUUGCAUACAUACAGUAGGUAGGCUAAAACAGAAGAGUCUUUAGAACUAGUGCAACUCCAGUGAAAUUUUUUUAUGUACAGGACAUCUGCAGUUUAUAAAGAAUUCUGUUUCUGCCACCAGCAGUUUGACCUGUAGUUACACAGGAUUUUAUGAUAAUAACAGAGAUGAAAAUGGACUUUUAUUUUCUCUCUGUUUGGUGCUCUAAGUGGGUUUGUAGCCACUUUUCUGUUACUUUACAAUUCUCAUUUCAACAGGAAUGGCCAGUAAAAGUUGUUUUAUUUUUCCUGUUAAGGUUUAUAACCUUUUUACAUUUUUGACCUGUAUUAGAUUAGAAUUUCAUUAUGCAUUCCUUUUAGUUGAGGCGCUUCUUAGUUUUCUGGAAAUAGUCAAUUUUUAGUUUUUUUUAUUAUACGUUUGAAUGGCCGUUUUCCUGCUUUGUCUGCCUGCAUAUUGUAUAUUUGUUUAAAAAUAUUCUCUACUUUUAGUCCAUGUAAGUUUCAUUUAGAAAGACAUGCAUUUAUAUUUUGUUUCUGUAAUAUUCUACUGUAGGUGAAAUCUUUUCAAAAAUCAAGAGACUGGGUAGAUAAGAAUUUAUGAAUGACUAAUAUUCAAAAGAUUUAAACCAUUGUGAUGGUGUGUAUUCCCAAAUGGUAAUAUCUUGCAAUGGCACACAGAUUUAAUGGAUAAAGGUAUACCUCAGACUUCAUUGUGCUCACCAAUCUUUGAGGAGAAUGAGUUUAGUCACCUGUUGGGCUUGAUUUAGGUAUUGCUGGCUUUGGUUUUCUCCAGGAAUGAAGUAUUCAGCACAGUGAUUCAGUAUUUCUACUUCGCAUGGGCUGAUAGUAUGUACCUCUGUUAUGCUCUCAGUUACAAUCAAUUUACAACUCUGUGUAACAGCUUGGUACCUAACAGUAGCUAUGCAUAAUCCUGUGGCACAGUACACUCCCAAGCCACCGAUACAGUUAAUGUGCUCUCAUAGUGGUUUUCUAUGCUAUAUGAAAAUGGUCUUCAAGCCUUGGUUCUCUAAUGCAGCUACCACAAGAGGUUGAUAUUUUUAUAGUGGCGUGUAAUCUUUUCGUGAGGCUUUUUAUGGAAGGUAGAAUUUGUAAAAGUAUGCUUUGCCUCUCAACUGCAUUAACAUGCCACAGGCUCAGACUGUUUGUGUAAAGGAUGUCAAAGAACGGCACUUUUUCUAAAGAAAAGUUUGAUAUUUUGUAUGCUUGUUAAGAAAGUACAGUAUUGGAAAUUAAAGGUGGACAACUGAUAAUUAAGGAGUAUGUCAGUUAAUUUUUUAUGUAUAUUACCUGUUUACUUGUACAACUUAUUGUACAAAUUACAUGCAGCUUCAUUUUCAGAUGAAUCCUUAAAAUAAGGAAAUCUUUUUAGGAAAACAUUUAAUUUUUGUAUUUUUGAUUUUAAAGGCAUGAGUUAUGUCAGUUUUCAGUGUAUUAAUGAAGAUUUUAACUUUUCAUCAGGUUGAGUGUUUUCUUACUAUAUUAUCUGUUGUGUAUGUAGUUAGCAUAUUGUGUCACUGAACUGUUUAAAGAUCUAGCAUGUAGAACAAGCCUGUUUUGUGGAAAAUCCUUAUUCAUUAAAAAAUAAUCGUGGCAGAUUUUCUGCAAAAAAAGCAAAAGAAUUUGCAAUUCAGAAACUGAUUUUUUUUUUUUUUUUUAAUUUAAAGGAAGGUAUUUUGCUUGCAGGAAAAAUACUACAGAUUCAUUUUAAUGAGAAUCUUUGAAAUGUAUUUAUCUUUAGGGCAUCUGGGCAUCUUUAUGCUGUUUGUCUUAUGUCUUUCUUGAAAUAAAAUGUACAUACGUUACCUUUACAUAUGCUCUUGCUCAAAAUUGUGAACCUAGUUACAUUUACUCCUUGUUCCCUUCCUUUUUAUGCUCAAACAGCAAAACAAAAUCUGAACUUUCAGCAUGCCAUCAUAUUUGCUGAAAGUUUUCCUAAUUAAGUAAAAGUCUCAAAGGGCCUUCCCAUAACUUAGAGGGAAAUGUAAGCACCUAAUACCUGUGCCACUUUAAUAAUAAAAAGGCAACUUUUAAAUAAAUAAUCUUUUAUUAAUGGUAAAGUUGUUGUAAGCCCCAUACCAAGACAGUUCCCUAAAGUUUUGAAAAAUGAAACAACAUAAGGUUGUGUAAAUAAAAGAAACUUUAUAUAGCCUGAGAAAAUUCUCAAAACUAAAUUUAAUACUAUAUAUUUUUCCCAUUAGAUUUGGGUAAUUUUUAAAUUAUUAAUAUAAAAAUAAAUUAUAAAGUAACAAUUUAGUCAGCUUCCUUCUACUUAGUGUUUUAUCUUCCCAUUACCUCUUUAUCUUUUGAUAUUGAAUACUUCCAUUUAAUUGGAAGUGCAUUUUUUUUUUUUUAAUUGAGAUGUGCCCAGCCCGUCAGUUCACACAGGAAAUGUGAAGCCUGAAAAAACUAACUGUAAUAAAUGCAGGAGAGAUGGAUCCAUAAUGAGACACAGCAGAAGUUACACGUAUACACAAACAACUCUGAAGGACAUAGUCACUUUGUGCUAUGUCCAGUGAUCGCUCUCUGGCUUUUAAGACAUUCUUCUGUUUGUAUCAUUGUUAGAAAGGAUGUUUCAGUCAGAUUUUUAAUUUCAUGUAAUAUAUGUAGCCCUAGAUUUAUCACCAUAUUUCUCCUUGAGUCCUAAAAUAGAAUGAUGAGACUUCAUAACCAUAAAUUGUUUUAUAUUAGCUAGUAUGUAUAUUUAUUUACCCAAUGGCUUUAUCUGUUUCCCAAAAUUGAUUUGGGAUUUGUUCAAAGUAUUGUGUAACAUCUAUAAAUGGCUAUUUUCUUAUAACUGUCAGUGAAAUGGAUGUGUACAUUGUUUUU